AUGACUGACCAAGCGCUUGUGUUGGCGAGGGAAGAAGCUGCCCAAGCUGCCCUUGGCCAGCUUCCUCGACACAAAGUUAGUUUGUCAAGCUUCCUACUGAUUGGCUUCGACUUGGAGGAUAGCCAAUAUCUUCUCCGCCGCAAAGCCAGCAAAGCGAAAGGAUUACGGAUGAGUAAGCAGCUCACGGAUCUUCAAAACAAGCGAAAUGUGUUAUAUUGUCUCAUCCAAAACUGGCGCAAGGUCCAACUUUUCUAUAUUCCUCACGUCAGCUCCCUUCUUUUGCAAGCCCAACCUCCUGAGGCUACAACUACAAGCUCGUCGACACCAUUGCCAUCAGAAGCCCUAGCUGAGAACCUUCCCCUCUUCCUUCCAUCAUCAUUGCCGCCAUGUAUUUGUGCUCUCCCAGAGCUCAAGGGAAUCUGCUCCCUUGAACUACAAUUACACUGA